AUGGCCUUUCAGGCGGUUUAUUUGUUGCUGUGCCUUUUUGAAAUAACGUUGCUAAAAUUAACAGCGUACGGUCAGCAGCCGCCUUAUCUCGCCGUUCACGAUGAGACCUUUCAUCCGGAUGGCGUGUUAAGGGUGACCGUGGCGGAUAUUGCCAUCGACUGUACCACCCGGCGUUCGGUCGUAAUUAACGGCAGCGUCCCGGGUCCGGAACUGCGGUUCCGUGAAGGUCAGCGGGUGUGGAUUCGCGUGUAUAACGAUAUGGAAAGCGAUAAUUUGACCAUUCACUGGCAUGGCCUCACCCAGCGCAUGGCCCCCUUCGCCGACGGCACCCCCAUGGUCAGCCAGUGGCCCAUCCCGCCGCACCACUACUUCGACUACGAACUGAAAACCCAGCCCGGCGAUGCCGGCACCUACUUCUACCACUCCCACGUGGCCUUUCAGGCCAUCACCGCCACCGGGGCGCUGAUCAUCGAGGAAGCCGACGGCCAGCCGGCCUUCGAGUACGACGAGGACCGCAUUAUCCUCCUCCAGGACGUCUACCACCAGACCGACCAACAGAUCAUCGGCCAAAUCACCAGCGACCACUUCACCUGGCCGGGUGAUCCCGACAACGUCCUGGUCAACGGGAAGUCGCGGGCCGCCACCGCGCUGACCAACCAAUCCGGUCCCGGAUGCGAGAUGGCGGUGGUGGAGCUGGAGAUGAACCGGACGUACAGGGUGCGCUUCAUCGGCGGGAUGGCGUACUCCCAGGUGUACGUGACCUUUGAGGAGCACGUCAAUCUCGUGCUGGUUGAAGUGGACGGACGAUACGUCAUGCCGCAUGUCAUCGAUCACCUAGAAAUCACCUCCGGACAACGGUACAGUGUCAUUUUGUUUUCCAAAUCCCGGGAGGAAUUAACACGGUCCGAUGGGUCGGUGAAAAAUCGCUUCUGGAUUCAAAUGGAGACCCGGUCUCCGGAUAACAACACGCUGUUAUACACCAUCCUCCAUUAUAAAACGGAUUAUCUUCCGGUGGAUAAAUUCACACUUCCGGUGACCCCGCCGCUGGUGUUGCCGAACGAGACGUUUGCGGCGAAAGGUUGGUUAGAAGACAAACUGGAGCAGUUGAAUAAAAAUCCCUCGAACCCGCUGCCGCAUCUGGAAGAGGUCACCCGCCGCGUGUACGUCCAUGUCCAGGAAAUUAUUAACUUCAUGCCACCCGUCGUCAACUCGCACUUCGAACAAGACGGGUUGCCGUGGUACGAGAACACCCCGAUGGAGCCCUACCUCGUGACGUUAUACAAAAACGCCACCAAGUUCCCGGAUUACGAGCGCGCCCUGCAGAACGGCGGCUUCGACAACGUCACCCGGACGUUCCCCGCGAAAAUCGGGGAGGUCCUGGAGAUCGUCUGGAUCAGUGUCGGGCGCACCGGUCCGGACUUCCUCGCCGGGGUGGUGUUCACCCAUCCCUGGCACGCCCAUGGCGGACACUACUGGGACGUGGGCACCGGCACCGGGGCGUAUGAUCCCGUCACCAAUGAAGCGCGGUUGCGAGCGCGCCACGGCCGCACGAUCACCCGCGACACGUCGAAUCUGUACCGGCCCAGUGUGUCGGCGGAACAGACGAUGGGUCCCGGGGCGCCGUAUACGUGGCGGGCUAUGCGCAUCCGGGUGCAGAACCCCGGGGUGUGGAUGAUUCACUGCCACGCUCUGCAGCAUAUGAUCAUGGGGAUGCAGACGGUGUGGGUGUUCGGGGAACUGGCGGAUUUGACACCGUUGCCGGUGAAUGUGGUGGAGGCGGGGUAUUUGACCUUUGGAGGGCAGGCCUACGGGAAUGAAGUGAGGCCGGCGACGGUGAUGCACUACUGGAAUAAUGACUGUGCGGUUUAGGUUUAG